AUGCCCCGGCGCAGCGACGGUGACAACAUCUCCGGCGCCAUCGAGCUCGAGGAUGGAGGCCCCACGAAGCGCAUCUCCACCAGAGAUGUGGAUGCCGCCUUGAAGUUCCUUGAUAAUGAAGGAACCCGGACGGUCAUGACCGAGAGCGAUGAGAAACGACUUGUCCGGAAAAUCGAUUGGCGCAUCAUGCCGCUGUUGACAUGCUGCUACUUUCUCCAAUAUCUUGACAAGACGCUGCUAAACUACGCCAAUGUCAUGGGCAUGAAAGAGGACACUGGCAUCACAGGCAACCAGUUUUCCCUCAUGGCCACAAUCUUCUACAUCAGCUUCAUCGUGUGUGAGUUCCCGACCGGGUACCUCAUGCAGCGCCUGCCUCUUUCUCGGUACCUCGGUGCCAACAUUAUGCUCUGGGGCAUUGUGGUGGCUGCGAAUGCCGGAGCCCGCAACUAUGCCGCGUUGGUUGCACUUCGAGUGCUGCUAGGCUGCUUCGUCGCCGUUGUCGCACCUGCGCUCAUCCUAGUCACGGGCAUGUGGUACAAGCGCUCGGAGCAACCCCUUCGCAUGGGCAUCUGGUACCUCUCCACUGGCAUUGGACAAAUCGUCGGCGCCCUGGCAUCGUAUGGAUUCCAGUUUUACGGCGGCCAAACGUUCAAGUCCUGGCAAAUCAUGUUCCUUCUCUUUGGUCUAAUUACCAUUGCUAUUGGUCUUGUCACUGUGUGGAUCUUGCCGGCAAACCCCAUGACGGCCACGUUCCUUUCGCACGAGGAAAAGGUGUGGGCCAUUGAACGGCUCCGUGAAAACAAGACUGGCAUCGAAAACAAGCACUUCAAGCUGUACCAGGUACUCGAGUGUCUGCGGGAUCCGCAGGCCAUACUUCUCUGCCUCAUCAACAUUCUUUCCAACAUCCCCAAUGGCGCGGUGUCCAGCUAUCAAGCGGCCAUCAUCGAGGGGUUUGGCUUCUCCUCCAAGGAAACCGCUCUUCUUUCCAUUGGGUCUGGUGCCGUGGCCAUUGUGUCGACACUGGGCGUUGCCUGGUUUGGCGGUCGAUUCAACGCCAGUGGCGUGGGCAUCAUCUUUUUGUUGGCUGGUGGCGGCAUUCUUGGCGGUGGGCUCAUCGCCUUCUCGCCGAAAGACAGCCAAGGCGUGCAGCUUGCUGGCAACUUCUUGACCAACUUUAUUGGAUCUGCCAUGACCCUUCUCUACUCGUAUUCGUCGUCCAACUUUGCCGGCAACACGAAAAAGGUUACCAUGAACGCCAUGCUUCUCGUCGCCUUUGGCAUCGGAAACAUUAUUGGUCCCUUGACGUUUCAGGACCACGACGCUCCGAGAUAUAUCCCUGCCAAGAUUACCAUUCUGGCAACAAGUUGUGCUGGGUGUCUCGUGACCCUGGCAUUGAUGGGCUACUACUGGUAUGAGAACAGGCGACGAGAGAGGCUCUCCGCGACAACGGAGCACCAGGAGAACAGCGAGUUUUACGAUUUGACCGACAAAGAGAAUAUUGAGUUCAGGUAUCGCUACUAA